AUUUAAGACUGACAAGAAAGGUGGAUGGAAAAAUGUAUCGUUAGUUGAUUUAACGAUGUAUGGACUCAAAAAUUGGCGUUACUGUUGAAUCUGUCUCCCUUUACUCCUUUUGAAAUACACCCUAAUUCAAAUUAUUUUUGAUCGAGAAAUCGAAAUCGAUUGGUUGUGAUUGGUGGACGAGUGUCAACAACAUUGAAAUUUCCGGUGGUGCAUCACAUCGACAUCACAAUUUCAGUAACUCGACACUAAUUAAAUCUCAUUCUAUUUUUUUUUUUUUUUUUACGAAAUCCCAAACAAAUCUUCAUUAAUUACUCUACUUGUUAACGAAAUGGCGGACAUUAUUGCGAAAAAUAGCGAAAUUAGGGUUGUAAUUUAUUGAUUGGAGGCCAUUAGAAAAGGGAAGAGUGAAAGCUUCCAUUGUUUUUGAGAAGUUUACAGAAAAAUCGAAGAAGCAUUGUUGCAGGUAUGAAGAAAUAUUCACUCUCUUACUUUCUCUCUCCUCUGCUUCAAGUUGAGGAAGAAUUGCAGAAAUGUGAGAAGAAAGUCAGUGAAGAAGAAGGUAGAGAAGUUGCAUCGGAGUAUUUAUGUUUUAUUUUUUUUAAAAAGUUUGGAUAAAAGCAGGUAAACGACCGUCCACUAAGUGCCGUUACGCUCUUACAGACAUCCACCGUACACAUCAUUAUAAUAAUAAUUUAUGUAGCAAAGCAUGGCCCACAAAAGUGCUGAUUUAUAAUUUCUUGUUAAUCAAACUGAUGAACCGGGGCGAGCCCCAUGAGAGACAUGUCAAAUAAGCCAUAAUUGUGCAUGAAUUUAUAUGUAAAUGUUGACUGAAUUUGUUGAGUCAGAUACUGUGAUACUUCACUACUAAGAGUAGAACUUUUCUCUCUUCCUUUUUGAUUUGUGAGCUCCAAGACCUCGACAGGCUAAAUUUUUGAAAGGGCAAUGUCAAUUCCCAAGAUAAGAGAAGAGGAGAAAGAAGAUGAGGAGGAAGUAGAAACUGAAUCUGAUGAAGAUGAUAGCGAAAAUGAGUGGGAACAAGGAGAAAAAUCGAUAAUGCAUUAUGCAUCAUCGCAGAAGAUAUUAUUGGUAGGAGAAGGAGAUUUUUCAUUUGCACUGUGUUUAGCCAGAGCAUUUGAGACGGCAUAUAAUAUGGUCGCGACAUCUCUUGAUUCUCUUGAGAUGUUAGGAAAGAAGUACAGCAAUGGAGUUGAUAAUGUAAGGGAAUUGGAAGAGAGGGGAUGUAUUGUAUUACAUGGGGUUGAUGCCACUCAAAUGAGCCAGCAUUACUUUCUGUCUACUCAGAGGUUUGAUCGCGUUAUUUAUAACUUCCCUCAUGUCGGGUUUAUGUUCCCUGAAGACAGCAUUUGCCAAAUCAAGCUGAACAAGCAGCUGGUGAAGGGGUUCUUAAUGAACGCGAAAUUGUUGUUAAUGAAUCCAGCAGGGGAGGUGCAUGUGAGCCACAAGGAGGGGCAACCUUAUAGCCAGUGGGACUUGGCCAAGAAGGCUGCGAAAAGUGGGCUUGUGUUCCAUCAGAAGGUGCCCUUUCGUAGGACUGACUACCCUGGUUACUCCAACAAGCGUGCUGAUGGCUACCAUGCAGAUAACUCUUUUCCGUUGUUUCUAGCUUCCACCUUCAUAUUUCACCUCGACUCCAUCACUAGUUGAGAUUCCCGUCUCCAGAAAUGGCCUUCUGAACUGUAUAUUUGUUCAUUGUCCUAACGAGCAUGUGGUGAGGCAAUGUUUCAUGUAUAAUUAGGCGGUUUCCUGGCUUCCUGCUUUGUCAUAAUUUCUGAAAGUUUGGACUGCUAAAAUGUCCUCUCUUUUUUUCUCCUUUUUCUUUAUUCUUACCUUACUGCUCUGUUUUUCUCCUCAUAUGAGUCAUAUCCUAGGAUUUUCAGAUCAAUGUUUAAUGCUAUCAAAUUAACAUUUAUGUUUGGAUAAUUGUUGAUCUAAGAGGAAAUGUAUUUGAGGUUUGCAUGCGA